AUGAUGAUCCGCCCACGUCGCAAUUGGACAACUGAAGAGGACAUGAUUCUACGUCGAGAAGUUGGAAAAGCACAGGCAAGUGGAAGGAACAUCAGUUGGCAUGAGAUAGCAGCGUUUUUACCAGGGAGAACCAAUAAAGACUGUCGCAAACGGUGGUAUGGGACAACAGCGGCCAAGGUCAAUAAAGGGCCGUGGACUGAGGCCGAGGAUGAACGUCUGAUAAAAGCGAUUAAGCAGCACGGCACGAAAUGGGCCAUCGCCGCAAGUGUCGUGGGAAGCAGAUUGCCUGAUCAGUGCUCGAAACGAUGGAGCCAUGCCAUUAAUCCAGAGAUCGAUCACAGUCCAUGGACACCGCAAGAGGAUGAAUUACUCCUCCAAGGUGUCACGAAGCACGGCCAUUUCUGGCAACAGCUUGUUUCACUAUACUUUCCUCGACGAACGAGUCUCUCGGCAAAAAAUCGGUAUCACGUCCUGCAACGCCGGCUAAAGAAUGGCAGUGACCCUGCUAUUCAGAUAGGCGGUUCAGAGGUGCCCCUGCAGUUUGACUAUCAGCAGGAGAUGCUCAAAUCGCGUGAGCAGAAUCGACAGCUGGGCCUAGAGUCCUGGGGUAGCAGCGACCAGGAUCUCUGUCCUAUAUCGACUGCACCAGAGGAGCUCAUGCCGAUGAUCUCGCAUUCGCUAUCGCAUUCACCCAUCUAUGGCCCACCGAGCGACUUCGAUAACGAGCCAAUGGGGUGCCUAUUUCAGCAAAGUGAACCAGGAACCUGCUCUGAAACAUUCCCAACCCUCCUCCAGAUGGAUCUCGACCGUGCAUUCCCAUCACCACUCACCCAUGACGAUUUACGGCUGGGAGCGACACAGGUUCCUACCGCCACGAGCCGUGGUAGCUCAUCAUUACCGGACUCAAACUUACGGGAUCAAUCAAAGUCAAGCUCCACCCAGCGAAAGGUAACCAUUCAAGUGGUGUGUUCAAAUGAUAACCUCGGAGCGAUAUUUCAGGCUGUGACCGAACUUUCAAUUUCCGCCGUGUUCAAAACUGACGAAUAG